GUUUAGAGAAUGUUUACUUUGGGAGAUACACAAAAAAGCAGCGUCAAAGUUCAGAUUUAAACCCUGCUGUUCCCCUUGCUUGGGCUUUUCAACACAUCCUUCCCAUACAGUGGCUUGAAGGUUUUCACCUGUCAGAAUGAAGUUCCUACUUCAACUGCUCAUGCUUGCUCUCCUCACAACCUCCACAUUUGGUGGGAUCAAGGACUUUGCAGAGCAUUUUGAAAGCCUUAAAGGUGCACAGCCACUUGAAAACGGGACUUACGACAUGGCAGACCUACCCCUGGAGUUCCACAGAGAGAACACCAUCACCAAUGACCUGAUCCCCGAGGAGGAGGAGGAAGACGACUACCUAGACCUCGACAAGAUCCUGAGUGAAGAUGACUACAGUGAUGUUAUCGACGCUGGCCCAUACAUGGUUUCUGAAGUUCAGCAGGGAAAUAUUCUGGAGUUAUUCCAAGGCAAAACCAGAAUCCAGCGCCUCAAUAUCCUCAACGCAAACUUUGGCUUCAACCUUUACCGCAGCGUGGCAGACAAGGCCAACGCUUCAGACAACAUUAUCAUGGCUCCCGUGGGCAUUUCCACUGCCAUGGCUAUGAUCUCCCUGGGUCUGAAGGCUCAGACUCAGCAGGAGGUGUUAUCUGUCCUCGGCUUUCAGGAGUUCAUUAACGCCAGCACCAAAUACGAGCUCAUGACUGUCCACAAUCUGUUCCGCAAACUCACCCACCGGCUCUUCCGACGCAACUUCGGUUACACGCUGAGGUCUGUCAAUGACAUUUACAUUCAGAAGGACUUUUCUAUUCUGAAUGACUUCAGAAACAAUAUGAAAACAUACUACUUUGCUGAUGCCCAACCAGCUGAUUUCUCAGACCCCAACUUCAUCACCAAAACCAACGAGCGCAUCCUGAAGCUGACCAAAGGGUUAAUAAAGGAAGCUCUCGUGAGCGUAAGCCCUGCAACACUGAUGAUGAUUCUCAACUGUAUUUACUUUAAAGGAACUUGGGAGAAUAAAUUCCCCGUGGAGAUGACUGUGAAGAGGAGCUUCCGCCUGAACGAGAAGCAGACAAUAAAGGUGCCCAUGAUGCAGACCAAGGGGAACUUCCUGGCUGCUGCAGACCCCGAGCUGGACUGUGGGGUGAUCCAGCUGCCCUUCGUGGGGAACAUCAGCAUGCUCAUCGUGCUGCCUCACAAACUGUCCGGCAUGAAAGCUCUGGAGAAGCAGAUAACACCCCAGGUGGUAGAGAAAUGGCAGAAGAGCAUGACAAACAGAACAAGAGAAGUGGUUCUGCCUAAAUUUAAGCUGGAGAGGAGUUAUGGCCUGAUUGGUUACCUGAGAUCCAUGGGAAUAGAAGAACUGUUCAAUGGAAAAGGCGACUACUCUGGGAUAUCAGAUGAGAAGAUCGCCAUUGACAGGUUCAGUCACCAAGGCACAAUCACAGUGAACGAGGAGGGCACAGAGGCUGCAGCUGUGACCACCGUGGGGUUCAUGCCUCUCUCCACCCAGAUCCGUUUCGUUGUCGACCGCCCCUUCUUGUUCCUCAUCUACGAGCACCGGACCAGUUGCCUUCUGUUCAUGGGCAGAGUUGCCAACCCAGCCCAGUCUUAAAGCAGAGAAGGCCUCCAACACCCCCUUAUCCACGGGCUGGAUGGUCCCACCUUCAUAUACCAGUAUCAUAAAGGAAAAUUUAUCGUCGUAGUAGCUCAUACAAAAGCCACUGGUAUCAAAAGAAAAUAUAUUAUCUGCAGGUAGUUUCACAUGAAGGGACUCAGGGCAGUAGGUAAUUUGACUGCAAUUUGAAGUGGUUAGUGCCAUGUAUUGAUACAAGUGUAUUACUAGGAAAAAAGAAAAUCACAAAGUAACUUACACUUUGUGUUCUGCAUCAGUGUAUAAAAUGUAAUCAAUAAAAUAUUUAGACUAUCUGGAUUCUUGAAA